AUGAAUAGUAUAGCAGAAAUUGAAGGGCACCAGAGUGAACAUUUUAAGAACAAGUAUAACAGCACAAACAAGUAUAAAAAACGAGUUGGCGAUUUUCGUAACUUCUCCAAUCAUAGGAGGGUUAAAAAAAGAGCUGACAAUAAAUGUGACACAGGGAACAAACAUUGGGAUGCAAACGCAGUAAAAAAUAGAGGCAUCUUUUUACACACAGAAUUUUUUAAAUCUUUAAAACAAAUGGAGACAAAUAAAGGAGAAGAAAAAAAAUUUUUCCUGAAAAAUUGGAACAUGAAUUAUUUAUCGAACAAUUUGAGCGCAUUUAUGAAGGGUGCGGAAAGCGUGGCCAGGAACAGGGGCCACAGCGGUAACAGUGGGCUUAGUGGGCGCAGCGCGCACAGCGGCAACCGCUGCUUCCUCAGCAGGAAUGUCAACCCGGAAAGAGGGAGCGACGCUGAUAAUGACAGCGGCUUUGGUCACGGAGAAGAGUCCAGCCACGUGUACAGUCAAGGGAACGACCGCGACGUCUACGCUCCCGAACAGAAUAGCCCUGACUUCUCACACACUACGUUCACAGAGGUACAGGGCGAAGCCCCAAAUGUAAACAACUUCAAUCCUUAUGAAUAUGUCAAGUCAUCAGCAAAGGAAUAUAGCCACUAUGCUGACCUCCGAGGAGUGUGGGAGAAGAUAAAGAGCAGGAGUGGUCUAUCCAAUUUUGUAGAAAGUGUAAUUCAGGACGGCGUCAAUGCUGUUAGCGAGAAAAUUGGUGCUUUCAGCGAUGGCGGCUACAUGAAUGACCCACUCAGAGCCUACGAAUGGGCUAGCCACAUCGACAGCCCAUAUUAUAGCAGGAUCAAGUACGACUGUAGUUGCACAGAUGAUAUGGAAGAAAACGAAUCAUACCAUAUAGCAUCAAGCAACAACAGAACCACCGGUAAUAGUAGUAGCCAAAAUAGCGGCAAUGCGAAUAACCAACAGAACGGAAACGGUGCAAGUAACACCCAAAAUAAUUAUAACAAUAACGACGCUGGGGGAGGCACCAGCAGCAACAGCAAUAGGAACAACUACAACUAUAGCGGUAGCAGCGGAUAUAAUAACAGUACGAGUGGGUAUGCAAAUGGAAGAACCCCUAAUGAAGGAGGAGGCAACGACAACAAUGAUGAUGGAGACGGUGAUGAUGAUGGUAAUAAUGGGCACUACGGCCGAAAUGGCAGGUGCGACAAUAAUGGGGAGAGUAACGACGAGGACGAUGAUAAUGAGGAUGACAAUGGGGAUGGAGAAAGUGAUCAACAUGAGGAACGAAGCAACCAUCGGGGUGGAAACCAAAACGAUCCUAUGGACGACCCAGGCGAUCGCAAUGGGAAAAUGUACGCGAGAAAUAAUGGCUCCUCCGCAUCAUUAACGUCUUCAUAUAUUAAUGCAGAUGCUCAGGCAUCCAGUAGUGGUACAAUGAAACAUCAAUACCAAAAGAAGCGCAAGAGUGGGCGCACCAGCUGCCCAACUCCCAACGACAACAGUAAUAGAAGAACCAGUAACAGUGCCAGUAGUGUCAAUUUCUUAGGGGCAGAAAGUAGCAGCAAUGGGUAUGCAGAUUAUAAUAAUAGCGGUGCAGAUUUUUCCAAUAUUGAACGCAAAACUAGCCUUAAUUUAAGGAGAGGCAUGAACGAUAGUACGGUAGAUUAUUAUAAUUCGUACACAAUGGGAGGUACUCACAACAGGUCUUUCACGGAAGCACCCAGUCAUAACCAUGGAAAUUAUGAGUGCAGUGGUAGUCAUUAUAGGGAUAACUACGGAGGAAGUGGCGCGGGGGGCAACUACCCCAGCAGCCGUGAGGAUGAUACCCAUGGGGGCAACACACUCGGAAGGAACAGCAGAAGCAGUAGCUAUGGGAAUAGCGGGAAUAAUGCAAACGCGAAUUGUCAUGAACCCAAUUUAGGCCCAAACAGCAACUCCAUGAUGAAUAAAAAUAUUGGGAAUAAAAGAAACUACGUGGCCAAUGUGAAUUAUAAGGACGUGGGGCUCAACUCUAGUUACUGCAGACAGGGGGACAACAACAGCCAUUUGAGUAGCCACUUGAGCAGUCACGUGAGCAGCCACAGGAACAGCUUCAGCAGCGGCGGCAACCACAGCAAGCAAAUAAAGAAGGGCCGAGACUGCGGAGAUAGCGGCGACAGUGGAGAUAGCAACCAUAGCGGUGAGUGUGGCGAUGGAGAUGAUGGGGGUGACUGUGGUGAUGGCGACGAUGGAGCCAAUAAUGGUGACCACAACGACCGUGACGACGCGGAGGAUCAAGUGCAGAAGCGACACGUGCAUGCCGCAAACUCAGAAAUGCUGAACCCGGAGGACAGGAAGAGAGAAGCAGAAAAGUACAAAGUGUUGGGGAACCAAAGCUACAAACUGGGAUAUUUCGAAUCUGCCAUAGACUACUACACAAAAGCAAUUUCAUACGACAACACUAAUCAUGUGUAUUACACCAAUAGGGCUCUCUGCUACAAGAAGCAGAAGUUGUGGAAGUUAGCUAACAGUGACGCAAGACAGGCUCUAAAUUUGGAAGAAGAAUCUGUAAAGGCUCAUUUCAUUCUGGGAUUGACCCUUCUACAUUUGAAUAGUUUAGAAGAGGGCUUAAAAAAGCUAACCAAAGCGAAAACCCUCUCUAGCUAUUUAAAAGAUUCAAAUGAAAGCGAAAUUAACAGAUACAUAUUGCAAGCCAAAAAGUUAAUAUACCUUCGAGAUGAACAGAACAAACAGCUGACCUACACCGAGCUGCAGUCAUUCCUAAUCGAUAAAAUUAACUUACUCAGUCAAAUUGGCUACAUUUCAAAUGAGGAGAAGGUUUUACGAACCCAACAGACAGAGAAUCUGUUUAAAGAAGUUUUAAAUUCAUUCCAGAAGAAACAAAUACCGGAUUAUUUGUGCUGCAAAAUUUCAAUGUGCUUAAUGAAUGAACCAGUGAUUACUCCUAGUGGCAUGACAUAUGAUAAAAUAUUUUUGUAUGAACACGUUAAGCAUAAUGGGUCGUUCGACCCGGUUAGUCGAGAGCAAUUCUCCAUGCGAGAAGUUAUUCCCAAUUAUGCCAUCAAAGAGGCUACGGACAAUUUUUUGAAGUGCAACCCGUGGGCCUUCGAGGAGUAA